CUGAAUACGCCCCAUCAAGGCGGUUGGAGGCAUUGGUGCGCGGAGGUUUACAGCUGAGGUUCGGAAAACGGAACCCCUUCGCUAAACAUCCGGAGAUUUUCGAUGUUCUUUCACACUCUGGGAGACGACAUGCAUUUUAAACCGAGUCGCGAGAGACUAUACACAACAAGAUGUUGUGGAUGUUGCCAUGUCAGGACGGGAACAAUCAUUCUUGGUACUUGGUACAUGGUUGUGAACCUCUUAAUGGGAAUAUUGCUAACUGUGGCAGUCACCCAUCCUGAGAAUGUCCCCACUGUUGAUCUACAGUAUGAGGUUAUUGAGCACUACUUCGCGUCGGACCGAAUGUCAGAAAAUGCUUGUGUGGGAUUUGCCAUCUCCCUACUGAUGCUUACCAUCAGUGCCAUGAUGGUGUAUGGGGCCAUUACUCACCGUGAUGGCUGGCUUAUCCCGUUCUUCUGCUACCAGCUGUUUGACUUUGCCCUCAGCUGCUUGGUGGCGAUCAGCUCACUCACAUACCUUCCCAGGAUCAAGGACUAUUUGGAUCAGCUGCCGGAUUUCCCAUACAAAGACAGUCUUCUUUCUCUGGACUCCAGCUGCCUCCUGCUCUUUGUGCUUAUCUUCUUUGCUGUCCUCAUUAUCCUGAAGGCUUACUUGAUCAACUGUGUGUGGAACUGCUACAAGUACAUCAACAAUAGAAACAUGCCAGAGAUUGCUGUUUAUCCUGCUUUUGAGACCCCACCUCAGUAUGUACUCCCCACCUAUGAAAUGGCCAUGACGAUGCCAGCAAAGGAACCCCCACCUCCCUACAUGCCAGCCUGAGGCCUUUCCUUCUCUUCUGAUUAAAGUUACUGCAGAUUCUCUUCUUGGCCUUCUGAUCCCAUCCUUCGCUCUGUUGAAUGGAGGGGUGCUAAGAUCCCCCCACCACCAGUAAAACUCUGCACACUGCGUAGACUCAACCAUAAUUGUCAUUAGCAUGACUUAAUGCCUCUCAUAGCGUGUUGUGACGAAUCAUCACCUACAGAUCUAUUUUUGUAAAGUAACAGAAGUCAGACAAAAUUAAGACAUUGCGGUCGGUUAAGUGGGGAAAUGCUUGUUGCAGAUAGAAGGCCUUUGGUACGUGGUGGUUAUGCCUCAUUGCAAACAGAGUUGCAUAGCAAAUUGUGCUUUUGAUAGCAUUGUAUAGUUUAUUCAUGGUGAAUCAUUCUAAUGAGGAGUUUCUACUAAGAUAGGCAGAUAAUCUGCCAGCAACUAAUGCACAUUACUUUUCAUGCCUGUCCUCUUUUAUCUUUUUCCAUGCUUUUUGUAGUGUCUGAGUUGGAGAAGUGCGAGUAAUUGCUUUAUCAUUUCUAUCCACUAACACUUAGAAGCAUUACUUUAUCUUUCAGCUAAUGUAAAUAUAAUCUGUUUUAGUUUUAACAAUGGUCUUGACAAUCCAAUAUGGGAUUUUAAAAAAACACUUUUCCAUCUGUGCAUUUUGUGCUAAAGUAAGAUUUUAUCAAGGCAUAGAUGAAAGAGGUUGUAGCACUUUAUCUUGUUUUAUAUAUUUAGUAUUAUCAGUUCAUUCACACAUUCAUCAGCCCCUGUGUGCCACCAUUUUAGCAGUGUUUAUUGUGCUUUAUUGUGGUAGAUGGUGGUCAUGCUUUCAUCAUUGCUGACAAGAGAGGAGGUUCUUCUCUCACAGGAGAUGAUGCUUUGGAAUAAACUGCUUUUAUUGCCAACAUCUAUGGAUGCAUGCUACUCUCUUUCUUGUACAUGUUCUGGUGAGCCAGUUUCUUCAGUAAUAAACAUUUUGAAACAUU